GCCUCGCCAUGUGGACGUCGCAAACUGUCAACAUUAGCCCGAAGGAGAAUCUCGCCCGAACAAAGCAACUCUUCUCGUUUGUGCGCGCGUGUCGGGGGAAUACGGACCGAAAAGCUGCGCCCGCCAUGAAGGUCGUUGGAUCUACUUGCGCCCUGAAGAGCAAAGUGGGCGGCGAGGACGUGGUCCGCUGCUUAUCCGAGCAGAGCCUCGCCAUCUCCAAGUGCAAGAUCCCGCUGCUGGACGAGCAGAUGAGCGUCUUCCUGCAGGACAUGAACAGCUGCUACAGCAAGCUCAAGGAGCUCGUGCCCACCCUGCCCACCAACAAGAAGGCGAGCAAGGUGGAGAUCCUGCAGCACGUCAUCGACUACAUCUGGGAUCUGCAGGUGGAGCUGGACGAGCCGGAGAGGAGCCGCCACCAGGCCGGCGGCGCGCAGCCGCGCGCGCCGCUCACCGCGCUCAACGCGGAGCUGGCCGGCAUCGCCGUCGAGAACGGCUGCUCGGAUGACAGGAUCAUGUGCCGCUAAGAGCCUCGCGGAGAGUCUGGAGCUUCGCUUCGACGAGGCUCGCCCCGAGGUGCCCCCCGCGCAGCAUCCACGAAAACCUUCAACCGUCGGUGCGGGAGAGGGGGGGGGGGGCGGUUCCCACUGCCUGGAAAAACGAGAAGAAAAAAAAAAGCUAGAGGCGUUGCGUGGACGUUCUCCCGGUGACGCGGUUACAAAGCAAGAAGUCACCCGAGCCUCUCGAGUUUAUCAAGAGGCUCCGGAGAGAAAGCGAGAGAAAGACGCCAAGCAGCGGUUGGGCUCCACAGAAGACCGGGCUGGCCACUGGGACCGAGACCGGCGCAACCAGCAGAACCUGAUGCGUGUUCUACGAAGCUCGUGUUACCUCCUUGUCUCCUGUGCAAACAAACAAAAAUCAUUCCAGAAAUUUGUAUUUUUUGAUAAUUCUCAGAUUCCUGAGCGACAAACAGUAUUGUAUAUUACAAUGCCACGUGAUGUGUGAACAUAUUGUUUUCUUACAAUGUACAUUUUUUUAAUUAAAACAAUACGAUUAUUUUUUCA